AUGGCAUUCUUCAAAAAUAACUUCUGGGGGGAGAAGAACGCUGGCUUCGAUGUGCUCUACCACAACAUGAAACAUGGACAGAUUGCCACCAAAGAGCUGGCAGAGUUUGUCCGGGAGAGGGCAGCCAUUGAGGAGACGUAUUCCAAAUCCAUGAGCAAACUGGCCAAGAUGGCAAGCAAUGGAAGUCCCCUGGGGACGUUCGCGCCCAUGUGGGACGUGUUCCGCGUGUCGUCGGACAAGCUGGCGCUGUGCCACCUGGAGCUGAUGAGGAAGAUGAACGACCUCAUCCGCGACAUCAAUAAGUACGGCGACGAGCAGGUCAAAGUUCACCGGAAGAUGAAGGAGGAGGCGGUGGGCACGCUGGAGGCCGUGCAGGCGCUGCAGGCGCAGAGCGGCCAGCUGCAGAAGGCCCGGGAGAGCUACCAGGGGAAGAGCGCCGAGCUGGAGCGCCUGCGCAGGGAGGGAGCCCCGCAGAAGGAGCAGGAGAAGGCCGAGGUUAAGGUGAAGAAGUCAGGGGAGUCCUUGGGCUCCUGUAUAGAGAAGUACAACCGCGUGGGUGGAGACUUUGAGCAGAAGAUGUGUGAAUCCGCACAGAAGUUCCAGGACAUCGAGGAGGCUCACCUGCGGCAAAUGAAGCAGCUCAUUAAGGCCUACUCGCACUCCAUCGAGGACACCCACGUGCAGGUGGGGCAGGUGCACGAGGAGUUCAAGCAGAAUGUGGAGAACAUUGGCAUUGAGAACCUCAUCCAGAAGUUCUCUGAGCAGAAGGGUACAGGCAAGGACAGGCCAGUUCCAGUGGGGUUUGAGGGGUACAGCUCCAGUGUGGUGUCUGAGGGGGGGAAGCGGAGUCGAGGCAAAGCCUUCCGAAUCCCCGGUCUGAGCAAGAGGGACAAAGAGCCAGACACUACGGAUUCGACUGUCACAGAGCCUCAGAACUCUCCAGAGGUGGAUGAGGAGGGCUUUGUUGUCCGCACUGACGUCACUGAGAAUGGCUGUGCCCAGGAGAAAGAGACCAAUUUCUACUCCAGCGACUCGGACUUCGACGACGACGAGCCCAAGAAGUUCCACAUCCAGAUCCGGCCCGUGGGCAGCAGCAGCCGGAGCAGCUCAGCUGCCAAUGAGCUGGAGCUACGGGCCACUGUGGGGGCACUGACCCUGCCCCCCAACAGAGGGGUCUCAAUCAAGAAGCAGCUCUCCAGGAACUCGAGCCGCGCGGCCGGAGCACACUCAGAAGGGGAGGGGGACGGCGCCCCCCGCAGGGACAGUGACCAGGACCGACUGCGGAGAUCCACCUCCAGCCCGGAUCACAGCAGGUUGAGCUCUACAGUGUCGGGCUCGGAGGCGCUGUUUGGCCCACCUCUGGAGUCAGCCUUCAAGACCAGCAGAUUUGCCGACGCCGCCUUCUCUUCGGACUCCUCCUCCCCGGAUAACGUGGAAGACUCGGGUCUCGACUCGCCCUCCCAUCAGCCCCUUGGGCCGUCUCCAGAGCCGACCGGCUGGGCAGCCUGGCCGGCAGCGCCGCAGGCCAAGGGUCCAGCGGGGCUGGGAAGGCAGUCGGAUCCCUUCCUGCCAGCCCUCCGUGAUCCGUCUCCAGGGCAGGGCCCCCCUGCGCAGGACAACCCAGCCGGCCUGUGGGCUCCGGGCCCCUGUUCUCCGCCCCCCGUGCCCCCCGUGGACCCCGCCGUUUUCGGCGUCCCCGCUUUCGGCCGUCCGCUGGCCCCCGCGGAGCUGGAGCCUUCGGUGUGGAGCUGCAGGCACAUCCCCCAGGAGGACCCCUUCCUCGCCUUCGAGAGGACCGCUCCCUCAGCGCCGCUGCCCCCGCCAGAGCCCUGGGCCCCUCCUCCGCCCUGCCGGUCCCGGGACAGCAGGGGCCGGGAGCCGCACAGGGACCCCCUCUCCAUCUCCUUCAAUGACUGCAGGUCGCUCCCUGCCACCUCCUCCUCCUCCCGUAAAGACAGAGACAGAGACCAAGGUGUCCCUGCCCUGGACUCUCCCGAGGACCCCUUCUCCAUCACCAUGAUUGGCAGCCCGACGCACCAGUCCUCCCUGGGCAGCGGCAGGAGCCGGCUGGCGUCCGGCUCCGGCUCCGGCUCCAACCCCGGCUCUGGCUUUCAGCCUAAGAAAGAGAUGAUGUGCCAGAGCUCUGUGCACAACCCCUUUAGCGAAGGCCCCACCGCGGGGGUGCAGGCGGGCACGGGGGCGGGACAGGACGAGUCCAGAAAGCAGAGGCCCUCCGAGGGGGAGCAGCGCAGGAAUGGCCUGGCCCCCGCGCAGCAGCCUGGCCCGCAGGAGGACCCGCGCCUCUCUGCUGGCAAGGAGCAGAGCUGCCUGGGCCUCAGCGCACAGCCGCCGCUCAACGCAGUGACCCCCCCUCACUCCCGGCGGGACAGCGCGGAGCUGCUGGAGGCGUCCCCCGCCCGGCCGGCCCGAGCCAAGAGGACCACCAGCUCACUGAGCAGCAGCGAAAGGUCCACAUCUGUGUGCUCCUCUCCGCUCCCUGCCCCCAGCCCGCCACUCCCCACCACCUCCUCCUCCAGCCCCAGUGAGUGGGCGGGUCAGGCAUCCACCCCACGAGCCCCCAGUCCUGCCCGAGGUCUGUCUCGAGGGCCGAGCCCCAUCUCUCUCAGUACCCAGGAGUCCUGGCCUGUGGCGGCGGCCCUCACUGAGUACAUCAAUGCUUACUUCAGGGGCGGAGAGCACAACCGCUGUCUGGUGAAGAUCACAGGGGACCUCACCAUGUCCUUCCCUGCUGGCAUCACUCGCGUCUUCACCGCUAACCCCAACACCCCUGUCCUCAGCUUCCGACUGGUGAACAUAGCGAAAGUGGACAGCUUUUUGCCCAACCCAAAGCUGCUCUACAGCGACCCUUCUCAGAGCGACCCAGAUGCCAGAGACUUCUGGUUCAACAUGCAGGCUCUCAACGUCCACCUCCAGAGAGAGGCUGAGCUCAACCCCCAGGCGUCCUACUACAACGUGGGCAUACUGAAAUACCAGGUGUCCUCCCAGGACCCGGCCUGCGCUCCCCUGCUGCUGUCCGCCGAGUGCCAGCGCAGCGGGACGGUGACGCGCGUCUCGCUGGACUACCGCUGCUGCCCCUUGGCGGCCCCCGUGGCGCAGCUCACAGCCGUGCAGGUGCUGCUGCCCCUGGACCGCACGGCCACCGACCCGCAGUGCCAGCCCCCGGCGUCCUGGAACUCUGAGGAGAGGCGGCUGCUGUGGAAACUGCCCAACCUCUCGCCCACGAGCAGCGGCAAAGGCUCGGGCACGCUGUGUGCCAGCUGGCAGUGUCUGGAGGCGCCGCGGGGCCCGCCCCCCAGCCUGGCCGUGCAGUUUGUGGGCUCGGGCACCUCGCUGUCCGGAAUGGACGUGGAGCUGGUGGGGGGUCGAUAUCGCAUGUCCCUGGUGAAAAAGAGGUUUGCCACAGGGAAGUACAUGGCAGGCUGCUCAUUGUGAGGGACUGGGGUGCCCUUCCUGAGAGCCUCUGGAAGCACACUUACUGCACUUUCACAGAGUUAUGGUGGGCUUUCAUGGGACAAAAAGGGGUGGAGCUGUCAGGUGCUAUCAACAACUCUGAGCUGAACCAGUCAUAUCGGUUUUCCAUGGAGAGCCAAGUCUUUUGGUUUAUUUAUACGGUGGUGCGGUGGACAGCUCCUGGCAGCUCCGCCCAUAAUUGGUUUUCGUGAGGCCUCACUCUCCCAUGACUACUGUUAAGCCCCCUAAGGAGCCCUGCUGAAAAGCCGGCCAGAGGGGACAGGAUGACCUGGGGAGCGCCCUGCCGAAGGGGCACAGUCACCCUGCCCGGACUCAACCCCUCGCCCGCUGAGGAUGUGCACUUACCUGGGAACGGGUUCAGUGCCCCUGCCCCUCACAUAACGGACCAAGUAAUACAGGACUGAGCCUUUUCUUAAUCACUCGGCUCCACGUAGGACACACAGGGCCGAAACUCCACACCUGUGCUUUUGGGAGUGAAAGUAUUUCUGUGUAAUGACUUUGGUUUGUGCUGUAUGCAAUGUGAAUAGUCUGUGCCUUGGAAUAACAUCAUGAGUUUGAAAAGCGGAUAUAAGAACUGAAAAGAAAAAAAAGGAUGAAUGAGUUAAGCAUAUACCCAUACAUAUCCGGAAUGGUAUUUGCCAUGAAAACUUGAAUUUUAUAUUUAUAAGUAUACAAGAUUAACUAUACACAUGUCCCAGUUGAAUAUUAUGUGUGAAAUUUAUAACUGAAGAAAGCUGGUAAUGGACUUUCAGAUUCUGAGAUGGUUUGUUGCACUGACACAUUUUCAAAAAAGAAUGGAAAUAUGAUGAGGGCCAUUUUAUAUAAAUGACUUAUUAAUAACGAGUCAGUAAGUAGGACAACUGUUUUACACCCAUUUAUUAGACAUUUUGACCAGUACAAAAUACAAUAUAACUAUGCAGUUUGUUACAGACCAUCGCCUGUCUUCAGGCUAGGUAAAGUGUAGUCAAAAACAGGUUUAAAAAUACUUAGAAAUAAGGGUUCAAUAUACUUGCAAUAAGAACCAGAACUAGAACAAUAAAAAAUAACCCCUCAGCCAAAAGUCUAAACAGCAUUACAAAAACAUUAACAAAUUACACUGAAAAGAAGUGACCUUCCCCAAUCACUUAAACAGGCAAGAGUACUAUGACAGACACAAAUUGCAAAAAAAAAAAAAGCCAUGAAUUGACUCAAGCCCAAGAUUCUUGAGCCUUACAAUUUAAAUGGACUCUAAUUUGAGGGAAACAUUUCGGAUGAGCAAUGGCAAGUCGGCAAUAUAAGUGGAGUUUUCAAAAAUGAAGCACGUCCACAAUAAAAUGCAAAAGGAAAGCUACUGACCUUUAAGCACAGCCUUAUGGGGACCAGCAACUUGAUUUUGAUGUAUUUUUUAUUUGUUCAACCUGACAUAUGAAGGGUGAGGGGGGAGGGGCGAUGUGACAGCGCUCAGCACUGGAGCGGUGUUCCAACAGACAGGCAAACAGUGAGGGGAAAGAGUACCUCAAGUGAUACUGAAGGCCAUUAAAGAAUACAUUUUCUUCUACAACAGUUCAAGAAACUAAAUAUAUUUCUUUUACAUUUUGGCUUUAUAAAUCAGACUUCUCCUAUUGUACAAAAGUUUAACCACUACACAGUUAUGUGUAAUAAGCUUAGAACAACAGCUAGUACAGCCUUUUUUUGCUUUUUAUUGUGUAUGUGUAGCUUUGCUCACAAAGUGUUUGGUUUUUCACAUCCCCUUGGAACAAAACAAAAGACAACUGGAAAGGGAGGUCUAAGCUCCACCUUAAAUUCGCCUGUUGGUUUGAACCAAAACAUUUAAGAAACAGGCCCAAUUAUUAUAAAGCAUUACCUACAAUAGUGGGGUUUCUGUAAGGUUUUUGGCCCAAGCAAAAACCAGUACAAUUCAAGUUUGGGUAAACUGGUGUGAAUUCCCUACAAUGUAAGUCUGGCGUAAACACUCCCACAGAAUGGACACAGCGGGUUUGUUCGGCUGCAGCUGGUCACGCCUGCUCAGUGCAGGACACUCCGCUCGACAGUCCACUGCUUCUUUUUCACAUGGAACGGCUGACUUGCAUAUGAAAUUGAGUAGAACAGGGCUCUGCUCGGCGUCUGUGUCAGCCGGUUUUCUUCAGCCUGACUAAUGGCGCAAGCCUUGUCAGAAUGUCCUGUGGAAACCGCCGCCGCAGUGGCUUUCAUGGGGACAGUGUGACAGGAGAGGACCUGUCACAGCAGCCCCGUCGGACAUGUGACAGUGAAGGUGAGUGAGAGCGAGUGGCGGUGACGCGGGUAUCAGCAAACCUGCACAGAGGAGGGGGAGGGAAGAGAUGGGGACACAGUGGCUGCUCAGCUUUAGAGCCCCACCCCGCCCUCAGAGAAGGGGUGAAAAUAACUGAACGGGGGGGGGGGGCCAGGGAACGAUGAGGUAACAGUCAUCUCACACAGCCGAGAGAUGGCCAGAGGGGUCAGAGCGCGGGCCACAUUUUACAACAGGGACCUAAAAAUUCCUCUCGGUCCGCGGCCAUCGGCAGGACCCUGCAUUUACGGCCCUUUUUCUGGGUGUCAUUAGCGUGCGGGUGAGGAAACGGAACCCUUUGGGUAUGAGGGUAGCGUUACUGCAUGGAAACUGCCGAAUGCAGCUGAGGCAACAGAGCAACAGUUCACACCUACGUCUACAGUUUAAAGGUGCUUUGAACGUCUGAGGUUCUGAAAUACAUUCAUACUGUGGUAGAUACCAAGAGGCACAGCUGAGGGGAGAUAGAUUUCUGUUGUCGUUAGAAGUUUUCAUCUAAGGCACUGGAGUAACACAAUGGCACAGCUAUUCAAACAGCACUCGUACAAGGUUACAUAGAAUAGAACUUAACUUGAGCACUGUACAAAAUUCAUUUCUCAUAUUCACAGUUUAAGUUGCAAUAUGGAAAAAGGAAAUGAACAAAAAAAUUAGAACUAUACGCUCCAGUAAAGUCAAGAUCUCAUGUAAGCAU